GGGGAAUUAAAUUGAUUUGGGCUAACACUCCACUAAAAAUGCAAUGGCGGCAAUAUUUGAAGGAUAGACGUGUGAAUUAUUGUGCUUUUCCUAAAGAUUUGUCUAUUCGUUGGAAUAGUACUUAUAAUUUAAUUCAAGUACUUGUUAGAUAUAAAGAUCAUUUUCCAGCUUUUUUAAGACAAACUUGUAACUAUAUUAUAAACCCGGCUGACAUCGACACUUGUGAAAAAAUUGUUAAUGUUUUGGCAUAUUUUAAUAACGCAACUCUAACUUUUAGUCAUGUUUAUAAACCUACCGCAAACGAAUUUUUUGUUGAAGCUGUUAAUCUCGCCGGCGCUUUUUGUGAAUUUUCCGACGCCACUUACGUUAGUUAUUUUUGUGAUUUCAUGAAACAAAAGUUUUUAAAAUAUUAUUCACAUAUUCCGCAUAUAUAUGGUAUUGCAUUUGUUCUUGAUCCUCGUUAUAAACUUCCUUACUUGGCAAAUUGUAUAGAUUACUAUUAUGCUUCUUUUUUUCCAACUCAAGAGUUCGAUGAUAAUCCCAUCGACCCUAAACAAGAAUUCAACGAGGUUAGUAAUUUAUUUCAUCAAUUGUAUAAUGAAUUUCAUGCACAAUAUGGUAAUGCACCCCCUCCCAUGCAACGAACAUCUUCUUCAUCUAAAGGAAAAUCACUUUUAAAAUCCGCUUUUGGUUCUCUUUUGAAAAAAAGUAGAGCAACUCCCGCUACUGAACAAAGCUCAGGUAACGAGAUUUCUUUGUAUCUAACAUUGAAUGUUGAUUAUGAAGUUGGUGAUGACUUUGACGUUCUUAAGUGGUGGAAGGAAAAUGAAAGAACAUUCCCGAUUUUAUCAAAGAUGGCUAAGCAAGUACUAGCAAUGCCGAUAUCAACCGUUGCCGUGGAACAAGAAUUCAGUGUGGCCGGCAACGUCCUAACCGAUUAUAGAACGAGGUUGAGCCUGAGCUCUCUUGAGACACUAGUUUGCUUUCACGAUUGGUUGAAGGCCCAACGAAGAACUCAAGAAAUUACCAUCACUCCCUCCCGCCACUUUAUGGAGGAAACAACCGAAGGCGGAGAGUCCGAUUGAUUUUUUAUUACAAAAUGUAUUACAUUUUUUAAAUUCAUCCUAAUUCUCAAUUGUACUUCUUAUUUGAAAUAAAUAUACUUCAAUUC